AUGAUAGUGGUCAAGCAAGACGGCAGUGAGCCACCAUGCCUUCAGUCCUUGAAGGAAAUGACCUUCAGUCUACCGACGUCACGGUACACAACCACCUACAUACGCAGCCGCAUGGCGACGCCAGCCGUCCGCGGCCCGGACAUGUUGAGGCGUAUCAACAGCCCCUUCAGGCGCGAGCUGCAGCGCAUCAGGUCAGCAGUUCGCUACGGCCCUGCACCGGUGACAUCUGGCGGAGGAGUGGUUGUGCCGGAGCGGAAUGUGGCUGCCUCCAUCUUGAAGCCGUUCCAUUGCCACCUGUGUCCAAAGAGGUUUGCCCGCAAGCACGUACUCGAGAACCACAUCCGUACGCACACAGGCGAGCGGCCAUUCCAAUGUCCAUCCUGUCUGAAGGACUUUGCGCGCAAGGACUACCUGAACUACCACGUGCGGACAUGCCGAUUGAGGCAUUAA